AUGACUGACAAUAACAAUGAAAAUAACAUCAAACAUCACACUUUAUGCAUUGAUUUAGUUCGCAAACAUGAUUAUGAUGUUGAUCGUCUGAAUGAUUAUUACCUUUAUACUCGUAAAAUAGUUGCCAAAGAUAGUAACAUGGGAUUUUCUAUACGAGGAGUACGAUCGAUGCAGCAAGUGAAGAUAGUACGCGUUUCUCUUUUAAAACGUGCUAAUGGUUGGAAACCAUUUUUGUAUGAUAUCAACGUGGAUGGCUGUCAGUUUAUACGAAAUCCAGCUAGAAAUCCAGUAGCCAAUCUCUUCUAUCAAUUUCUAAAGGAAUUCUCAAAUAUAAAUCAUGCGUGUCCUUAUGAUCAUGAUGUACUUAUCGAUAAGCUGACCAUACUGAAUGGAACAGUCAAAUUACCAUUUCCUUUAGGAGAAUAUGCUCUAGACACACAAUGGGUUAUCAAUAAUCGCAUGCUCCUACGUGUUAAUGGCUCUUGCAUAUAUUGGAAGGAAUGA